UGUUUUUGUCUCUGAAAGUUGCUUUUUUGUCCAUGUUUUAGUUUUGGUAAUUAAGUUUGUUCAUAUUAAUUAGUUCUAAUGUGUGUACUAUAUAGAUCAUACUAAUUUUGUUCCCAAACUCAUCUUAGUUAGGAUCUUUGUAUCUACUAUAAGAUUAAUCCUUGUGUCGAUAUAAGAAUAUUCGUCAUGUUAUCAACUAUCACAAUAUUGUAUUGGUGAGAUCAUAUAAGAUUUGAUGUCAACAUCUUCUUCAAGGUCUCAGGUUCGAUUCUCCCCAGUAUCAAUUUACAUGAGCUAAUUUAGCUUCUUAAAAAAUAAAAUCAAACAACUUUUACAUAGACUCAAAGUGAAAACUUGGAUAUAAAGUAUCCUUAUACUACUCUUUAGUCUUGAUUAGUCUCUGCAAAGAUAUUUAUAUGUACUUUGUAUUAUCAUAAGAACAUUCAUUGACAUUUUAAGUUAAUGAAUUACUAACAUGUCAACUCUUAUUCUAGCCAACAGUUACUUUGUUCCCUCCACAUUCUCUUUGAAAUAGUCAAACGUAUCCAAUCAUGCAUGUCUGUUCUGAUCAUAACAGCAAAAGCAUGUGUAUAGAAAAUUGAUAGUUGAAUUAGAGUCAUUUUCCAUAAAAAAAUAUUCAAUAAGUGUGACAUUAUUUUUCAUAUGAAUUAAUCCAUUUUUUGCUGAUUUGAGAUUCUUUCUUUCUUUGCUUCUUGCUUUCCUUCAUCAGCCAUUAUUUUUGUUUUCUCUUUCUCUCUCUCUUCUUGAUUCAAUGAAUCUCAAAAAUGGAUUACUAUUGUUCAUUCUGUUUCUGGAUUGUGUUUUUUUCAAAGUUGAAACCAAAUGUGUAAAAGGGUGUGAUGUAGCUUUAGCUUCCUACUAUAUUAUGCCAUCAAUUCAACUCAUAAAUGUAUCAAACUUUAUACAAUCAAAGAUUGUUCUUACCAAUUCCUUUGAUGUUAUAAUGAGCUACAAUAGAGUCGUAGUAUUCGAUAAAUCUGGUCUUAUUUCCUAUACUAGAAUCAACGUUCCGUUCCCAUGUGAAUGUAUUGGAGGUGAAUUUCUAGGACAUGUGUUUGAAUAUACAACAAAAGAAGGAGACGAUUAUGAUUUAAUUGCAAAUACUUAUUAUGCAAGUUUGACAACUGUUGAGUUAUUGAAAAAGUUCAACAGCUAUGAUCCAAAUCAUAUACCUGUUAAGGCUAAGAUUAAUGUCACUGUAAUUUGUUCGUGUGGGAAUAGCCAGAUUUCAAAAGAUUUUGGCUUGUUUGUUACCUAUCCACUCAGGUCUGAUGAUACUCUUGCGAAAAUUGCGACCAAAGCUGAUCUUGAUGAAGGGUUGUUACAAAAUUUCAAUCAAGAUGCCAAUUUCAGCAAAGGAAGUGGGAUAGUGUUCAUUCCAGGAAGAGAUGAAAAUGGAGUUUAUGUUCCCUUGCCCUCUAGAAAAGCAGGUCACUUAGCUAGAAGUUUAGUUGCUGCUGGAAUAUGUAUUCGAGGAGUAUGCAUGGUUCUGCUAUUAGCAAUUUGUAUAUAUGUUAGAUACUUUCGCAAGAAGAAUGGAGAAGAGUCUAAAUUGCCACCAGAAGAUUCUAUGUCACCUUCAACUAAAGAUGGUGAUAAAGAUAGCUAUAGUGAUACUAGAUCCAAAUAUAUAUUGGUGGACAAAUCACCAAAGUUCUCAUACAAAGUACUAGCCAAUGCUACAGAGAACUUCAGUUUGGCUAAAAAAAUUGGUCAAGGUGGUUUUGGUGAGGUCUACUAUGGAGUGCUGGGAGGCAAGAAAGUUGCAAUCAAGAAGAUGAAGACGCAAGCAACAAGAGAAUUUCUUUCUGAACUGAAAGUCUUAACAAGUGUUCGUCACUUAAACCUGGUACACUUGAUUGGAUAUUGUGUUGAGGGAUUUCUAUUUCUUGUGUAUGAAUACAUGGAAAAUGGAAACUUAAGCCAACAUCUACAUAAUUCAGAGAAAGAACUGAUGACCUUGUCUAGAAGGAUGAAAAUUGCUCUGGAUGUAGCAAGAGGCCUUGAGUAUAUUCAUGAUCAUUCGGUGCCUGUAUAUAUCCAUCGUGACAUAAAAUCAGAUAAUAUUUUAUUAAAUAAAAACUUCAAUGGGAAGAUUGCAGAUUUUGGAUUAACCAAGCUGACUAAUAUCGCAAAUUCAACAGAUAACACUAAUCACAUGGCAGGCACAUUUGGUUACAUGCCGCCCGAAAAUGCAUACGGGCGUAUUUCUCGCAAGAUGGAUGUGUAUGCUUUUGGAGUUGUUCUUUAUGAGCUAAUUUCUGCUAAAGCAGCCGUGAUCAUGAUCGAUAAAAACGAGUUCGAGAGCCAUGAGAUUAAGACCAAUGAAUCUACUGAUGAGUACAAGAGCCUUGUAGCUUUGUUUGAUGAAGUUAUGGAUCAAAAGGGAGAUCCUAUAGAAGGUCUAAGAAAGCUGGUGGAUCCAAGGCUAGGAGAUAACUAUUCAAUUGAUUCCAUUAGCAAGAUGGCAAAGCUUGCCAAGGCUUGCAUAAACCGAGAUCCGAAACAACGUCCAAAAAUGAGAGAUGUUGUGGUUUCUCUUAUGAAACUAAUUUCUACUAUUGAUGAUGAAAGUAGGACAGAUAGCGCAGAGUUGAGUCUUGAUGUGGAGCAUGAUUCAAAUUGAAAUGAAGAAGUUCCAAUGUGAAACUUAAUACUAUUCUACUAUGCACUUGUUGUUGUAUAGCUUAAUAUAAGAGAAGAACAGAAAGAAAAAAAACACAAAGCCAAGUACAUGAGAUUGGAUAAAAAGAAUCUAUGUAUCUUUUUUACACGCUUUAGUUUCUUUUUUAUCUAAAAUGAAUCUUAAAAACACACAUUUUUCAACGUUUUUUC